AUGCAGUUUCUUGCAAGAACUGUAUCGAAAUCCAUAAGACCUUUGCUUAGCUCAAGGACUCGACCAGCAUGGGUUCUGUCUCAGCGAUGCCAUUCAACCUUUCCCGCGAGCCUUACUGACGGAGGAAGCAGAGCUGAGAAAUCGGAGUCAGCGAUUCCGGCGAAAUCCUCUUCGGAGUGGCCGAGGCCGACGGAGAUACCGUACCAACCGAAAAUCGCGAACUCUGCUGAAUUGAUUGGCUACGUGAACCAACCGAUUCAGUUCCACGCUAAGCCCGACGGAAAUUUCUGGGCAGGCACCGUCAUUACUCACAGACAUCCGUCCGAUUACGAAUCGGAGUGGGACUCGGAUUCGACUCAUAAAUUCUGGGUUCCGGUGAUAUUCGAGGGAGAUUUAGCUCAUACUGCAAACUGUCAUUUGAAGAAGAACGAUCGGGUUUACAUCACCGGACAGAUCUUUGUAGAUGUCAGUGAAAUAUCUGGAGCAAAGCCUGAUCAGUCAUAUGUUCAUAUAAUGGUUCGUGAUCUCUACUACGUUAAGGAUUCCAAAUCCUUACCAAAAGUUUCGUCAAAACCAGAUGACAAGGAAGGUGUACUAAAGCAUUCCGCUAGCCUUAACAAAAGAAGAGACUUUGGAGCUGAUCGUUGGUCUGAUCUUCUUGCUAAACCGGAAGAAUGGCGUGAUUACCGCGAAAGGAAACAGAACGGAUCGGUACAUCCGAGACACCCUGAUUUCAAGAAGAAAGACGGAAGUGUAGCGCUUUGGCUUUCAGAUGCUCCAGAUGAGAUAUCUUCUAAUCUUGAAGACUUGAAUUUCGAUAUUCCGGUUGGAUCAAAUUACGCAAAACAACCAAAGGUUGGAGAGGAGGAAGCAUGGAAAGACUUGGUGGAAAACAUGGAUAAGUAUUGGGACAACAGAUUGAACAAGAGAAAUCCAAAAGCUCCGGAUUUUAAGCACAGAGAAACCGGUGUAGGUCUCUGGCUAGAUAAUUCUCCAAGCUGGGUUGUAGAAAGACUACCUCCUCCAAAGAGCAAAGCAAGUGACGCCCACGAUGAAGAAGAGAUGAUAGUGUAG